UCAUCUCCCCCAAUAUCGCGGCCUAACUGAAACUCCACCGCCUCCGCCGCCGCCGCAGUGGCCUCCGAAACUCCACCGGUGCACGCUGCAGCCCGCUAUUGUUUGUUUUCUUCAUCCUAUUUCGCUGAAUAGUCAGUAGUGAGUAAAAUAUGAAGCUGGAUGUGGAUGCUCUGCGAUAUCUCUCCAGAGAUGACUUUAGGGUUCUUACGGCCGUCGAAAUGGGCAUGCGCAAUCACGAAAUUGUACCGUCGGAGUUGAUUGACCGAAUCGCGUCUCUCAAGCAUGGCGGCACAUAUAAAGUUUUGAAGAAUCUGCUUAAGCACAAGCUCGUGCACCACGAUGCUUCCAAAUAUGAUGGUUUUCGGUUGACAUAUUUGGGCUACGAUUUUCUUGCAAUUAAGACAUUGGUCAACCGAGGAGUUUUCACUGCCGUUGGUCGUCAGAUUGGUGUUGGAAAGGAGUCUGAUAUAUUUGAGGUUGCCACAGAAGAUGGUACAGUUCUCGCAAUGAAGCUGCACAGGCUUGGUAGGACAUCUUUUAGGGCAGUCAAAUCGAAACGUGAUUACUUGAGGCAUCGUAGUAGCUUCAGCUGGCUGUACUUGUCUCGGCUUGCAGCGCUCAAAGAAUUUGCCUUUAUGAAGGUUUGGAUACAAAAUGGCUUCUCUUUUCUAAUCUCUAUUACACAGUUUGUCGAUGGAGAUGUAGAGAAAGAUUCAGAAUCUGAUGGUGAAGAAGCUGAAGACGAAGAAGAUAUUGUUGAUCAGAUAAAUGAUACAAGCGUAAUAAAUCUCGAGUCCUUGAGCUUGGUUAAAGAGGGAGAAGAUAAUCUAGUUGAAGAUGCUUCCAAAGAAGCCGACCAAACUGAAAAUAAAGACGAGGGUAAUGAUACACAAGCCGAGGCUGAGGCUGAAGAUGAUUCUGAAGAAGAAGAAGAAGAUGACCCUGAACUUAUAAAAAGUCUGACGAAACAAAGACAAAAGGCUAUUAAAGCGGCUCAUGGGAGGAGGAGAGUUGUCACCUCUAGAAAUUCUUACAAGGACAAAGGUGGCAAGUCGUCUCAGAAUUCCAAGCUCCAUAAGCAAUUAAGUAGCUGGUGAAUUAUUUAAUUAUUCUACGAUCUC